CUGCUCGGGUGGGCCUGCAUCGCGCAGACUCGCCCAAGAUGGCCGGUACCGUGUCCGCGUUUUGUUGUGGUGGUGGUGAUGGAGGCCCGCUCGGUGCCGAUCGAUACGCCCGCCGCCGAAUACCGGCCAUGGCGGCUACCGUUGUCGUCGUCGCGCGUCACGCGUCCUGAGGUAAAGGCAAGUCGGCAAGUGGCCUCGCGUUCGCCGGCGCAGGACCGGCCACGGUGACGGUGAUGAUAAGCGCGGGCGCGACCGCGUGCGCGGGGCGUGGUGCGAGAGCGUAGCCGAGGCGGUCGCCAGGUCGCCUCCCCGCAGACGCAAAGAGUCCUAAGCCCUCCCUUGAAUCCACUCCGCGGGAACACACCAAGGCUAAGGUGAUGUGAAGAAGAAAUUGAAACUGCCAAAUCGACGACAUCACAACUUUCUACAGUGUGAUUACAAUAUUCAAGAUACCAAAACGGUUAACAAACCGGUAAAGAUGGUGUCCAUGCAAGAUGCGGAGACUAGCACGAUGCGCAGGCUUUCAGAUGACGACGAUGAUGAUCCUAGUAGCGGAUCAGAAACCUAUGAGGAAGGAGACCUACUUACAGCUGCAAUGGAUGACGAUGUUACAGCUCAACUAGCCGCAGCAGGUUGGCAAAUCAAAAACAUUAAUGGACCUGUAGGCGUCGCUGCUGCAGCUGCCAUUGUGUCAGCCAAGAAGCGAAAACGACCUCACAGUUUUGAAACUAAUCCCAGUAUCAGAAAGAGACAACAAAACAGGCUUUUAAGAAAGCUUAGACAAACUAUUGACGAAUUUGCUACCCGAGUUGGACAACAAGCGGUAGUAUUAGUGGCUACGCCAGGCAAACCAAAUAGUAGUUACAAAGUCUUUGGGGCAAAACCCUUAGAGGACGUAGUUAAAAAUCUAAGGACCGUUAUCAUGGAGGAGCUGGAGAACGCACUUGCACAACAAGCGCCGCCGCCCGUGCAGGAUGAUCCGUCAUUAUUCGAAUUACCACCGCUUAUAAUCGACGGUAUACCAACUCCGGUCGAGAAGAUGACACAAGCGCAACUUAGAGCGUUCAUCCCAUUGAUGUUAAAGUAUUCUACAGGCAGAGGUAAACCUGGCUGGGGAAGAGAUAGUACGCGACCUCCUUGGUGGCCCAAGGAAUUACCUUGGGCUAAUGUCCGAAUGGAUGCGCGAACGGAAGACGAAAAACAAAAAUGCAAUCCAUUACAGAUCUCCUGGACUCAUGCGUUACGGCAAAUCGUAAUAAAUUGUUACAAAUAUCACGGAAGAGAAGAUCUUCUACCGGCGUUUAGCGAAGAUGACGAAAAGUCUAAUACUUUAAUACAACAAGCGACGCCCCAUUCUUCGUCGCAUCCAUCAUCGAGCCAGACACAAAAUGGAGGAGGACAGUCGCAACAGCAACAGACGGUGGGAGUUGUUCGUCUCAACAGCGCGGAUUCAUCUAAGGGAAACUCUUCGCCAGCACAAAUCAUUGCCGCGUCUCCCACAGCUCUUGCCACUGCCACUCAGAUGACAGCCCAAUAUCCAACAACUGUAUUGCAGACAAUAACCAAUCCAGAUGGAACAGUUUCUAUCAUACAGGUGGAUCCUAGCACACCGAUUAUUACAUUACCGGAUGGUACAACAGCUCAAGUUCAAGGAGUUGCUACUAUCCAUACGAGUCAAGGAGAUGUUCAGGCACUAGCGGAAGUAGCCGGUAGCACAGAAGGUGCUAGUGUGGCCGUCGAUUUGAAUACUGUCACAGAAGCGACGUUAGGUCAAGAUGGCCAGAUCAUCCUUACUGGGGAAGACGGACACGGAUAUCCUGUAUCAGUCUCAGGAGUGAUCACAGUGCCAGUGUCUGCCAGUAUGUAUCAAACUAUGGUGGCCAAUAUACAGAGCGAUGGUACGAUGCAGGUGGUAACGCCAAUGGUUCAAGUACCCAAAGUCGAAUCAGGAAAUGGAGAUACCACCAUCGAGGCUGUUACUAUACAAGGUCAUCCCAUGACGAUGAUAAAUGCCGCCGGAGAACAUCAGGUUCUUCAAGUAAUAUCGUUAAAGGAUGCCAACGUUCUGACAAAAACCAUGCAGGCCGAGGUUAAGGAUGAGGACAGUCAACAACAACAAACUGUGUCUAGUCCAGAAUAAACACGUUAAGUGUAAUCUAGUUAAUCUAAAAGAAUCACUCCGUACUACCUGUACAUGCUAUCAGUGUAUCAUGGUGAUAUACGGAAAGGAUAAAUGUACGAAAGAAUUAGUAACGAUUGGUGUUGUGUUUUUUUUUUCUCUUUGAGUCACUGUUCUGUGUAACGUAUCUUGCUGAUUGCGUCAUUGAACAGCGGUUAUAUUUGAAAAUAAGAAUGAAUGAGUGUGAAAUUGAUUGAAUUAAGAUUAGUCAUAUUUGUACUCAAGAUACAUCAUAGACGCUUGAGAGUAUUCACUUGCAAUCCAAUUUUUCGGAUGUAGUAUUAAUUUUCAAAGAGGUCUAUUGUCGUAUCAGGUGAAUGCGUCUGUUUUCGAAGAUAAUUAUCUAUCGCACUGUUUACUGGAAAAUCGUAAAUCACCGAUAUUUGUGUGUAUUUUCCAGUAUUGCGUGAGUUAAGCACAUAUUUUCUAGUCUUAUAGCCAGGUUGAUACAUGGGAAUACACACCAAAGACUUAUUCUUUUAUUAAUUUGUUAAUAUUUUCUACGGAAACAAUUUAUAUGAAAACGUUUAUACUUAAUUUCAUAAAUUAAUCUAUCAUGAAGCUCGAUUACUUCCACAAUGACAGCAGAAAUAAUUCAUUUAGUUUUGUUAACGGCACAGGAUGAUCUUUUUUUAAAUUUAAUGAAGGCACACAAAGCUUACCUACAGAUCCCUAAAAGUAAAAACAAGAAAAACUAAAAUUUUUUAAUUAUAUUUCUAAUUG